AACCACGUGUUGCCCGGUGUGGGUCGGGGCUGGGCUCCGUUUCCGGUCGGAAGAGAGAAGCCGGCGGCGCCGGAAGCCUCUGUUCGCGUUCUCCCGUCACCCUUUCCGGCCCGUCCCCGCAGCUCCCUCCGGAGAGAGGCCGAGGUCGAGGCCGGGUGCCGACUGUCCUUCCCCAAGAUGGCGGCGGGGCCGGGCCGGCGGCGGCGGCUGUUGCAGCUACUCAUGCAGUUCGGUUCGGUGCUGCUCACACGGUGUCCGUUCUGGGGCUGCUUCAGCCAGCUCAUGCUGUACGCCGAGCGGGCCGACGCGCGCCGGAAGCCAGACAUCCCCGUGCCCUACCUGUACUUUGACAUGGGGGCUGCUGUGCUCUGUGCCAGCUUCAUGUCAUUCGGGGUGAAGCGCCGUUGGUUUGCGCUGGGAGCUGCCCUUCAGCUGGCUGUCAGCACCUAUGCGGCCUAUAUAGGGGGCUAUGUCCACUAUGGAGACUGGCUUAAGGUCCGAAUGUAUUCCAGAACCAUUGCCAUUAUUGGUGGUUUUCUGGUAUUGGCUAGUGGGGCAGGUGAACUCUAUCGCCAGAAACCACGAAGCCGAUCUCUUCAAUCUACAGGCCAAGUGUUCUUGGGCAUCUACCUCAUCUGUGUGGCUUACUCUCUCCAGCACAGCAAAGAAGACCGGCUGGCAUAUCUGAACCACAUACCAGGAGGGGAACUUACACUCCAGCUGCUCUUCAUCCUUUAUGGUGUCCUGGCUCUGGCCUUCCUCUCUGGCUACUAUGUGGCCCUGGCUGCUCAGAUCCUGGCUGUGCUGCUACCUCUCAUCAUCCUCCUCAUUGAUGGAAACAUCGUCUAUUGGCACAACACUCGGCGAGUUGAGUUCUGGAAUCAGAUGAAGCUCAUUGGCGAGAAUGUGGGCAUCUUUGGGGCUGCAGUGAUCCUGGCCACGGAUGGCUGAAUGGCACCCCUUAGGGAUGGGGCUCCACCACGUCUUUGCUCCAAGUUGUGAGAUGGAUGUCCUAGGGGCAAGAGCACCUCUCUACUUUUCUGUGUUCUCAGUCAGCAUACUCCACCAUCUUCCAGAAAUAAACACUCUAAACAUA